CUAGCCAUUUUCCACGCCACCUUCUCCGACCCUUCCCGGCUCCGCCUCCCCCAACGUCUCCCAACCCGCGCUUCCCCGCACCCGCGCCUACGCCGCCACCUUAUCCCACGCAGUGCCGCUGGGAUCCGCUAUCCGGUUUGGAGUUGGCCUGGCUCCUAUCCUUUUGCGCGAGAUCCUGAAAGACAUGGAGACCUCGCACCAGAUCUAGAUCUGGCCAUAGCUUUCUUGAUUUUUUUUAGGGCAAGGCAUAACUUUCUUGAUGAUAACCAUUUGCGAAAGAAUGGGCUUGUCCUUUGUGGCUGCACGCGAAUUCGGUGGCCUCCGACGGUCGGUGUAAAUGACACCACGAAGGCUAGAUGGCUGUGGACGUGAAAACCAGCCUAGAAAUACUGAAGGUAUAUAAGAGGAGAGUUCGGCGGGUCUCAGUUAUACCUGAUGAGAUUGUCUUUGAGAUUCUUCUCCGGCUACCUGUUAAAGCUCUGAUGCGGUUCAAGUCUGUCAGCAAGAGCUGGCAUGCCAUCAUCUCCAAUCCAUGCUUCAUCCGUUUGCAUCUCAAACAAUCUGCCAAAAACCAAGGACAUAAGCCUUCCUUCCUCAUCACCCCACAUACACUGGACAAGGUGAUCGAUGGUGAGGCCUGGCCGACCACCUUUUCCAACCACACCCCCUUCUACUCAUGGCAAGAGGGCCAGGACAAUGCGUGCCUUGUGCACUCGACAACCUUCCAGGGAGAGUUUGGGUCAGUUUAUGACAUGGUGCAUUGCGAUGGGCUUGUAUUGCUCUUGACCGACACCAAUGUAUAUGUCUUCAACCCGGCCAUACAUCAAGUCCUUAAGUUGCGUGAUGGGCAAGAGGAUGUGUGGCAAUUCCCAACUGUCGGUUUGGGCCUUGAUCCUCGCACGAAUACGUACAAGGUUGCUCGCUACUUUUACCGUUCCCUAGAUUUCUCUAAGAAGACCUAUAGUGUGGGAAUGGAAAUUCUUACUAUUGGUGGCCAUGAUGAUGAUCUGUGCUGGAGGAGUGUUGCGCAGGAUCCACCGUUACCAUUUGAUCCAGGGUCCGUCACACACUUCAAGGGCUCUUUGUAUUUGCUCAUCUGGGAUGAACUCGUUGAAAGGCGCCCACAAGGUGUUCUCCGCUUUAAUCUAGAAGAUGAAACAUUUAGUUUCAUAUGCCACAAUGAACUUCUGUCACCGAAAGGUGAGCGACUAUACUUUGUUGAGCUAGGUGGAGAAUUAUGCCUAGUUCAAUGCUUUGAUGGAAAACAAGUGAUCUGGAUGCUACAGUUUGGUGAUGGCCAUCAAUGGGUUCAGCAAUAUGUUAUUAUUUUACCGGAGCCUGAGCCGUGGAAGUUCGGAAUUUUAUCUGUCAUUCGUAAAGAUGUUUUGCUUAUUCGCAGUGGUAAUUGUCUUUACCACUAUCAUGUUGGAUGUCAAGAUGCAAGGGUGGUUGUUCGUCUAGACCGGUUGAGGUAUAAGAAUCCUGGAGUAGGGUCGUUUGACUUUGUGGGUCAGGAUAUCUUCAUCUUUGACAUGCUUUCCUACACUGAGAGUCUCCUGCAAGUUACAAAGCCAGGCCGAGACAACACCUGCUGGCUGUUAUAACUACCAGGGGGAAGUAGAUGGAGAUGGAGAUUCAAUCUUUCAAGUACGUGUAACGUAGUCCAGUGGAUGAGAAGCAUUCAAGCAAGGCCAUUCUAGUUACCAGUUACCAGUUUACUCGUCUUCUAUGUUUUUUUGAACUGUUGCUUGUCCUUUAUUACUAUAACCUACAUAUAUGUAAACGUUGGACCCAAUGAACUAGUUAUUCUGUCUGCUAUCUCUUUUUUUCUUGUGGGCAGUGGGGGCUAGCUGUUGGUUCCCCUUCCUCCAAUCCGUCCUUCUUCCCUAGAUUUCUUAAAUUAUUUGUCAGAUCCUGACAUUGGCAUA